AUGAAGGUCUCUGCAGUGUGCCUCUCCAUCAUCUUCAUCGCUGCUCUCUUUUCUUUCACCUCCCCUGCUCCAGCUGGGCCUGACACAACUGUGUGCUGCUUCGGCUACACCACACGAAAGCUGCCCCAGAGCCAUGUGAAGGAUUAUUUCUACACCAGCAGCAAGUGUUCAGAGCCAGCAGUUGUGUUCAUCACCAGGAAGGACAGAGAGGUCUGUGCCAACCCCACUGCCAGGUGGGUGAAGGAAUAUGUGAACGCCCUGGAGCUGCAGUGA